CGUUGGGGAGAGGACUGCCAAGCUUGACCUUGUACUACCAACUUCAAGCGUGGCAUGAAGAGACAAGUUCCCAAGAAUUUGAAGGACAAGCCUCGACUUUGAAUGUUCGUUCAUCACUGCCGUCAGACUGAAGGAUGUUAACUUUAUGAGCAAAGGCCUAAGAACGGUUUCUAGAAGAUGGAGAUGCAGGAGAACCCAGUGUUUCCAAAGCCUGUGGAUCCCCAAGCAGAGGUGGAGGAGGUUGUAAUAGCGUCGGAGGUACUAGAGAUCAUUUGCGGAUUUGCUCCAGAGACUAAGCGCCACAACUCGGAAACGGAGGACAGAGAUGUGUGGACGGUGGAAGAAGGAGACGACUCGGUAUUCUACAGUGAUGAAGACCAAGCUGAGGAGCAUGGAGGACCCAACAGAUCUCCAGAUCCAGAAGCGGCGAGAGUGGACCGUCAUUCUUCAGAGAGGAGUGAGGAGGCUCAAGUCGAAGAGCCAUGUGAGGAAAUCCGAGCCGAAGAAUUCGAGGGAGAUACCGAGACUCGUGCUACGGAUGUGACGGACUCGCCUGAUCUUCAUGGCGCUUUGAAAGACGAACGAAAAAGUCCCGAGCAGAGCGAAUCCUCAGAAGAGGACCGACCAGUUGAGCAGAAGCAGUCAGCUCAGGACAAGAGCUUCUCUAAGCAGCCGAGCUUGAGCUCCGAUUCGGAGGACCCCGAAGUCCGCCAUCGCUCCGUGUUCUCAGGAGACCCGAUCCCUGCUUACGCCACUCUUCCUCUCCCCAAGAAGUCUUCGGACAACCUGGCAUGCCAGGAAUCCUUCAACCACCUCGCUGCCUCCAAAUACAGCUCUUUAUCCUACCGCAAGAUCCGGCGAGGAAAUACUCGCAAGAAAAUUGAGGAGUUUGAGUACAUCAUGAUGAAUUUGUAGUGGAGGCAAUAUCUGUUUUCAAAUCUAACUUCUAAAAUCCAGGCUAAUUGAUAACGUGAUUUGGUUUUCAUUUUAAUAGCAUUCUUUGAUAAUCAGCAGUUGAAUCUAAAUUGGUUUAAAAAAAAUGUUUGUUCACCGAAAAGGUGAGGAAAAUAAACUUAUUGUAAAAAGAAAGUAACUUUGACCCUAAUAUUUUGCUUUUGUGAGAAACAAUGCAAAAACAAAAACAAGACUAAAUCUGUUGUAAUGACAACAUGGUGUGACAAUUGAUAGUUGAUUUUUUGUUCAGAAUUUCAAGUCAGUGUUGCUUGACAAGGCUUGAUGUUUUUUCUUUUUUUUCUUUUUUUAAAACUUUGACCCUUCCUGUUUUUUGUGUUUACAAUUACAACUAUUAUUUUAAUUUAUUAAUUUGGGCAUUAUUCAAAUUUCCGGAAACUGAUUUUUUUUUUUUUUUAACUUAAGCAGCUGUCCAAAAUGCUGGAAAGGUGAGUUUGUGGGGGAUUUGCCCCACCUUGUGGCUACUUUCCCAGCAAGCACAAAAAACAGGAACGGUAAUGGUCUUUUAAUCACCAACAGACUGGUUGUGAAGGUCAAAUGGUAUGUACCAUACUUAUUCUACACUGUAGGCUGGUGCAAAUGUGGAAUAAACACACGACUGCUAUUUAA